AUGUGGAAGGAUGAACUAGCAAAUAAAGCUGCGGAGAUAAGGAAAAGGUUUGAUCAGAUCACCGAAGAGUGGAAACUCUUAACGUUGCCUAAGAACGCUGGAAAGAGAAAGAGAAGCCCCUCGUCCAUAGAUGAGAACCGAGAAACAUGCUCUUUAGUGGUUGAAUCAGAUGUUCUUGGAAGAGUAGAGGAAAAAGAUAUGCUGGUUGAAUGGCUGCUAUCAAAGGAUGAUACAACAAGGAAUGGAGUUUCAGUAAUGGUUGUUAUUGGGAUGGGGGGACUGGGUAAAACAACACUCGCUCAGCAUCCAAGAGUGAAAAGCUAUUUCGAUUUAAGAGGAUGGGUCUAUGUAUCUGAAAAUUUUCAUGACGGAGAAGAUCCUACAAUCAUUUACAAAAGUGAAAGUUCAUGA